CAGUACAGGUUUUGCAAUUUUCUUUUCUAAAAUAAUAACUUACCAUUUGACGUCACUUGUAGCAGCAGUUUUCUACGGCUUCUGAAAAAGUCUCUACAAGCUAUGGUGUCAAGGAGCAUUUGAUCGUGUUUGUUUUUAUUCUGUCGCUUUUUUUAUGUUUGCGCUUAUCGUUAUAAUUGAAUUGCUUCGCUGUUGUAGGGAAGGAGGUUAGAUUAGUUACACCUUGUCUCCAUGCCAGAGCAAGGCCCCAGGAUGAAUGGUUUCUCACUUAGUGAGCUCUGCUGGCUGUUCUGUUGCCCGCCCUGCCCGAGCCGGAUCGCGUCCAAGCUCGCUUUUCUCCCCCCCGAGCCCACUUACUCGGUGCUGACAGACGAGGCUAAUGCGACGUCCAGUCUUCACUUGAAUGAGCGGGCUGACUGGCAGUACUCCCAGCGGGAACUGGACGCUGUCGAGGUGUUCCACACCCGAACGAGUCGGGGGAACCGGGUCGGCUGCAUGUUUGUCCGCUGUGCACCCAACAGCCGCUACACCCUUCUCUUUUCCCACGGCAACGCAGUCGACUUGGGCCAGAUGUGCAGCUUCUACAUCGGUCUCGGAUCCAGGAUAAACUGUAACAUCUUCUCCUACGAUUACUCGGGCUACGGGGUCAGUUCUGGGAAACCGUCAGAGAAAAACCUGUAUGCUGACAUUGAGGCAGCUUGGCAGGUGUUAAGAACCAAGUACGGAGUCAAUCCUGAGAACAUUAUCCUGUAUGGGCAAAGUAUCGGCACCGUCCCUACAGUGGACCUCGCCGCUCGGUACGAAUGUGCAGCUGUGAUCCUCCAUUCUCCACUCAUGUCGGGACUGCGAGUGGCAUUCCCCGACACCAGGAAAACGUACUGCUUUGAUGCCUUUCCAAGCAUCGAUAAGAUCUCAAAAGUAGCAUCUCCAGUGCUGGUGAUCCAUGGGACUGAAGAUGAGGUCAUUGAUUUCUCCCACGGCCUGGCGAUAUACGACCGCUGUCCACGAGCAGUGGAGCCUCUCUGGGUGGAGGGGGCCGGACACAAUGACAUAGAGCUGUACGCACAAUACCUGGAAAGACUCAAGCAAUUCAUAUCCUUUGAGCUGCCCAACUCCUGAGAAAGAAGGAAAAAAACACAUGUGGUGACAGGUUGCUACUCUGAGCCAGGGGGCUGGCCUGAUCAGUAUUUGCACAUGCCGUUGUCUGGAUUGCUGUCAAAGCUUCAGACCAUAAAGAAAGCCCUUUUGUAAUCCUAGGGUGAAUUUUAAUGUGAUAACUACAACAUUGCAAUCUUUUAUAUACAUGGAAAACAUUCAAAUAAUACACCUGGGAUACUCGACUGCUGAUUUUUUUUUUUUUUUUUUUUUUUCUUCCUGUUCUAAAUCCCCAUAAAGGAAACUGGUUAAACUGGAGCACCACGCUAGUAACAGUGUUUUCCCACUUGAUUUUUUAUUUGUUUUGCAGUCUUUUUUUUUUUUUUUUUAAACAGUUAAUGAGCAGGAAAAAAGUACUUGAUUAAGUCUUGGUAUUCACGAUACCAGUCAUUGGUUUGAUUGGUGGAUGCCUACAGUAUGGUCUCAUACCCAUUCAGGUUUAAGGCCCAGGGAAUACACUCUCUUUGUGAAGUUUGUAGCUGUGGUAUUGUAACUGGAAAAGCUGUGUUGAUGAGGUUUUAUCUAAUUAGUGAUGAUUUAGUAAAACGUGCUGUAUUUGUUCAGCCCCAGUACAUAGAACAGGAUUUUCCAUACUGUUGGAAUGAAAUGGUGAUUAGAAAUAUAUAUAUUUUUUUUUUUUCCCCACCCCAAAUGUAAAACUUUGAAGUGUGGUGCUUGGUACAGUAUGUCUAAAGAUAGGUACACCACAUUUGUUCAACAUAUAUCUUCUUUCUUACUAAAAAAAAAUGUGUAAAUUUAUCAUCUUUUUAAAAACGUAUUUCACACAUCUUGCUUUACCCCAUCAUUCCUUUUUGCCAGUAUUUUUGAAUUUUGUUUUAUUUCAGCCAAUCUUAUUUUUGUUUAUUUAUAAAGCGUUAGGUUGGUUGAAUUGAUUUUUUUAAUAGGCAGUACUGUGGUUUACACAGAACAUUUCUAAGAAGCAUUGUACAUUAAAAAUAAAUGCAUAAUAAGCAACAUGUACAAAAAAAAACAUUUGAAACAUGAUUAUAUACAAGAGAUGAAAUAAUGUAAAAAAAAAAAAAAAAAAAAAAAAAAGACUAGUUUUCUUUGCAGUUCUGUGAGGAAAAUGGAAAGUUAAAUAUAUUGGAUUUUAUUAUUAUUAUUUUUUUAUAUAACUAAAAUGGUCUUGUAUGCUUUUCAGAAACAAUCUUAAGAGGUUAGUUUUUGUUUUGUUUUUAAAUACAUAAUGACAAGGGUUUUUUUAUUAAUACACUACUUAAUGCAAUUGUUUUGAGAAUUGCUUUCUUGGGCUGCUUUUCAAAUCUAAAUUACUGAAGAAUCUUGACCCUCCCAAUUUUUUUCUUUGUUUUGGUGAUCCAAGCCUAUUUUUUUUUUUUUUUUAAAAGAUUGGAAUUUUGUUGACUUUUUACCCCCGCCCCC